UGGGCAUAAUAUCUUUAUUUUACGUUUAUGUGGUGCUGGGGAUCGAAUCUAGUGCCUCAUGCAUGGUAGGCAAGCACACUACCACUGAGCCACAACCCCAGCCCCCCCAAAAUCCAAAAUUUUUACCCAGGCUUCCUCUGGUAGACAGGUCCCCAACACUUCCCAGAGUUUCGCAAGUCUAGCUCAAAUCCCCAGCUCUCUAAUCACAUAAUUGGUCUUUCUAGUAUGACCAGCCUCCCUCAGUAUAAACUCAGGGAGUCAAGGUGGCAACCAUGAAUAACAAUGACACUCCUAAUACCUGGGAAAUUCCAAGGUUUUAUCUCCCAGGAACCAGCGGCAAGAGCCAGACACAGUCUCUAUAAUUCAGCAAUGGUGAAGAAGGGAAGAGGUCAGGAUCAGUUUUUGCGAUCAUUCAGCCAAUAUCUGUGGAGCAGCUGCUAGGGCCAAAGAGUUCUAGAAACUCAGAAGGGGUAAAGCAGAUACCUACUGAGGACCUCCUGGAGCCCAUGUCCCCUGGAAGAAAACAACAAUGAAGAUCAGAAAGCCACAUGGUGCGUUAGAAGGUGACAAGUAUGAAGUGGGGACCCGGCCACAGGCAUGAGGGGCUCUCGGCAGAGAUGAUAGUGCUGGCGCCAGCCUGGAGCCCAAUUUCCUCACUGCUGCUGCUGCUGCUGCUGAGCCCUGGCCUCCGGGGGACCCCCGACUGCUCCUUCAAGCACAGCCCCAUCACAUCUACUUUUGCAGCCACCAUCCGCAAGCUGUCUGACUACCUGCUUCAGGAUUACCCAGUCACUGUGGCCUCCAACCUGCAGGACGAAGAACUCUGCAAGGCGCUGUGGCAGCUGGUACUGGCUCAGCGCUGGAUGGAGCAACUCAAAACUGUGGCCGGGUCUCAGAUGAAAAUCCUCCUGGAGGACGUCAACACUGAAAUACACUUUGUCACCUUAUGUGCCUUCCAGCCCCUCCCCAGCUGCCUUCGCUUCGUCCAGACCAACAUCUCCCACCUCCUGCAGGACACCCUCAAGCAGCUGGUGGCUCUGAAGCCCUGGAUCACCCGCCGGAAUUUCUCUCGGUGCCUGGAGCUGCAGUGCCAGCCCGACUCCUCCACCCUGCCGCCCCCAAGGAGUCCCCGGGCCUUGGGGGCAACAGCACUGCCAGCCCCUCAGUCCCACCUGCUGUUCCUGCUGCUGCUGCUGCCCGUGGCCCUGCCACCACUGGCCGCUCUCUUGUGCCUACGCUGGAGAAGGGUGAAUGGCCGCCCUGCCCCUCAGGACACUGAGGCCCAGCAAGAGGAGUCACCUAUCAGAGGACACACGCCCAGUACACAGAGGAAGGCGGCUACAGACUGGUCCCUUCCUAGGCACCAUUGCCCCUCAGGAUGGAGGGUACGCCAGAACUCAGCCCUCUGUAUAAAGCCCUUGUCCCCAUGAACUUGUAUAUAAAUCAUUAUUUUCUACCA